AUGGCUGGUGGGCCAUGUCCACUCGACAAGAGCGGUCUCUGCAUGCUCUCCUUUGAUGGGGGAGGUGUUCGGGGCUUAUCCUCAUUGUACAUCUUGGAUCACAUCAUGAGGAAUCUGAACCAUGAACGGGCGUUGACUGGCCAGCCCGUAAAGAAAUCAUGCGAAAUCUUUGACUUGACCGGGGGGAUGAGCACUGGAGGGUCAAAGAAGCACUGGUCCAGCAUCACACUACGAGGGGAUAUCCAGUCCCGAUUCGACUCUCAGAAGCUCAGAGCUGCGGUUGAGGCAGUCUUGAAUGACAAGAACUUGCCCCCAACGACUCUGUUCAAUGACAAGGUUGAAAGGGGUUGCAAAGUGUUUGUUUGUGCGACUUCUGCUCAUCCUGCGACUACUCGCCGCCUGAGAAGCUACGACACGACCAAGGAGCCCUCUAGCAAUGCUACCAUCCUCGAAGUUGCCAUGGCGACAUCCGCCGCAAGUACCUUUUUCGAGCCCGUUACGAUCGAUGAUAUGGUGUACCUCGAUGGAGGUCUUGGUGCCAACAAACUAGGUGAGCAAGUGGUUGGAGAGGCGAGAUACAUUAUCGGCCGCGAAAUAGAGGAACUAAAGCCUUUGGUCAAAUGCUUGGUCUCUAUCGGAACGGGCAAUCCGGGCAUGAAGUCUAUCAACAAAGACUUCUUGCGUUUCGUCUCUGAAACUCUCGUCAACAUCAGCACAGAGGCCGAGAUGACGGCCAAGAAAUUCGCCCUCGAAUGGCAGGACCUGAGCGAGGCCCACCGAUACUUUCGCUUCAACGUCGAACAAGGCCUCCAGGAUGUCGACCUUUCAGAGUACAAGGAGACCGGAAAGAUCAAGAUGGCCACCCAAGAGUACCUCGAGCAGGCGGCUUACAACAUUGUGAUGCAAUCAGCAGCAAACAGCCCCCUACUACCACCCAAGUACUGUCUCCCAUUUACGAAGAACAAGCGUUUUGUUGGCCGCGAAAUUAUCCUCAAGAAGCUCUUAGAUGCCUUCUUUAGCGAGGAGCCCUGCGAAAGGGUCGCACUGGCUGGGCUCGGAGGGGUGGACAAAACCCAGACCGCUCUCGAGUUGCCUUUUGACUUCGAGCAAAGCUGCAACACAGUCGCCACCGAACUGAACAUCUUCCAGCAAGGUCUGGAUUCCAAAGCCAUUCUGAGAGACUUUCUGAGUUCCAAGAAGUUUGAGUCAUGGCUUAUCAUUGUGGACAACGCCGAUGAGUGGGACUUGGUUCUGCGUGGUCCCAAUCAUUCUUUCAGUAUCGACGAACAGCUGCCCCAAAGUCCUGCUGGUCGAAUCCUCUUCACCACCCGCCCGAAUGAGGUGGCCCUUGAAGUUUCUGACCAAGAGCCACUGAAACUUGACGAAAUGAAACCAGCAGAAGCCUUGAAGUUCCUGGGAAGGUCCGUCAACAGCAAGCUUCUACUUGUAGAUCACUCUGUUGUCUCGGAGCUACUGGAAGAGCUUACAUACCUUCCACUGGCAAUCACUCAAGCCGCAGCCUAUUUGAAUCGAAACAAGAUUACCAUCACUCGAUACCUCGAGCUGCUGCGAGGCACCGAGCAGGAAAUGACUUCUCUGCUGAGUCGCGAAUUCCAUGACCGAACUGGAUAUCGUGAAUCGCAGAAUGCAGUGGCAGCCACGUGGCGUGUUUCUUUCGACCAUAUCCUUGCGCACGAACCAAUAGCUGCCAAUCUGCUCAGGUUUAUCUCGAGAAUCGAAUCCAAGGACAUCCCGCUCCCAAUUCUACCACGAGGGGACUUAGAAGAGGAACUCACAUACUCGGUUGGCACUCUUUGCGCUUAUACCUUCUUGAUUCCACGAGAAGGCCAAGAAGUCUAUGACAUGCAUAGUCUUGUGCAUUUAGCCACGAAAAUUUGGGUACAGCCGUAG